AUGAACAUGAUGCAGCUUGGGUCUGGCACUGAGAACCGUUCGGCUCUCAUUCCUCCUGAAGUUCCUUCCUUGGACAACACAUUCGGAGCCCUUCUCAUUGGGACCAUAUGCACCUCAGUCCAUGGAAAGUGGUCAGGAACAAUCCCAAACCAAUACGCUGACGAGCAUACAGGUCUCGGUGUUUUGUGUCUUGGAUGUAAUCCACGAAAUGAUGGCCAUGCAUUUCUGAUCAUCCUUGUGGUUGCCGAACUAGGCGAGUGCUACAUCUCUGGGAUACCAUCGUUUCUGAGAACCUGUGGCUGCCUGGUAGCUUUCUGUAUCACUGACGACACACUUCUAGCUGCCACCAUUGUAACUGCAUUCACAUGGUCUAGCUUUGUCGACAUCACCUUCGCGCGAUGCCGACAGCACAGUUUUUGGAUCAUAUACGCUGCGCUAGGAUUGAGGGUCGUCACUGACCUCGUGCUUACCGGAUCGCUCAUAUUCUUAUUGCAAAGGAGUCGCACGAGAUUCACGACUACGGAACACAUGAUCGACAUCUUGAUCUUGUAUGCUAUCAAUACGGGAUUAAUCACUAGUCUCCUUAGCCUUGCAGCGGCAGUUGCGGCCGCGGUACUUCCGGAUACACUCAUCUAUAUCGCCAUAUAUAUCGUCUCGUCGAAGAACGUUCGCGUUCCCAUCCCCAGUCAUAGACACCAGCCUGAGGAGACACAGGACGCUAUCGAGCUACAGAUCAAGUCCACAGGCAGUGUGAUUGGGAGUUCCAGCACGGUUGGAAUCCGAUGA